UAAUUUUACACUUGACUCUGUUUGAGUACUUUUUUUGGUCUGUUGCUUUUGCCUUUUGCAUUUCGCCAAUCGGUUUUAUUUUUCUUUCUGCACUUUCUUCAAACUUUGAGUGUAUUUCGUUGUUGCAACAUGUAAAUAUUUUUCAUGUAUUUUUGAUAUUUUGCGUAUACAUUCAAUGUAUACUUUAUAUUAAUAAAAAUUCUAUUAAAAAAUAAUCAACUUGACAAGUUAAUGUGAACUUUCGAUCACAAAAAUAUGCAAACGAUCAUAAAUUAUUAAAAUAGGUGAUUCAUGAAAACGAAUAUAAGAAUCGUAAUUAACUCAAACCAAAACAUUACAAGAGACGCAAAAAUAAAGCAAAAGCGAGUAAAAUAAAAAUUAAAAAGGUAGGCAACACUUAAUGACAAAUGUCAAGUUUGAGUGUAAAAGUACAAGAUUUGAGUGUGAAAAGCAGAAAUAAUACGGAAAGAAAAAUACUGCCGUAGUUAUAUUUUCUGUUGCUUUGAGCAUUUUUGCUUUGAAAUUGAGUGUGACACGACAUUAUUUUCGAAAGAAGAAUUGUUGAAAAUUAUUUAACAGAAAAUAAUUUAAUGAAAAAUUAACUAAAAAAAUUAUACGCGCUACAAAAAAAAAUUCCGCUCGUAAUGAGAAAACAUUGAAAAUUAUAUAAAAAUUAAAUAAAAUACGGAUAGCAGAAAGCAAAAUACAAAAACCUUUGGACCAGAAAAAUUAUUAAGGAAUUGAAUCGUUCGUCAGCCACACUCGCUGUCGGUUGUUUUUAUUUUUGUUUGAGUAGGCAGUGCAUUAGCCAUGGUCGAUCGUUUGGUUAACUCUGAGGCGAAUACUCGGCGCAUAGCGGCCGUGGAGAGCUGCUUUGGCAGUUCUGGCGUGCCUUUGGCAAUACCUGGACGCGUGCUUGUGGGCGAGGGUGUGUUAACAAAAAUGUGCCGUAAACGUCCGAAAUCGCGUCAAUUUUUUCUCUUUAACGACAUACUCGUGUACGGAAACAUCGUGAUUGGCAAGAAAAAAUAUAAUAAACAACAUAUCAUGCCGCUCGAAGAAGUAUCAUUGGAAUCGCUCGAGGACAAUGGCCAAUACCACAAUGGCUGGUUGAUACGAACAACAACAAAGUCGUUUGUGGUCUAUGCUGCAACAAUCACCGAGAAACAGGAGUGGAUGGCACAUAUAAACAAAUGCGUCGAGGAUCUUUUGCGCAAAAGUGGAAAGAAACCUGUUGAGAAGCACGCAGCCGUUUGGGUUCCGGAUGCGGAGGCAACUGUCUGCAUGCACUGUAAAAAGACGCAGUUCACAAUGAUUGUGCGACGUCAUCAUUGCCGGAAUUGCGGUGCAGUCGUUUGUGGUCCAUGUUCGUCGAAGAAAUUCCUACUGCCACAGCAGAGUUCGAAGCCAUUGCGUGUGUGUACGGCUUGCUAUGAACGUCUCAGCAAAGUAGUCAAAGAUGAAUCGUCCAAAACGCCAAUGGCGAGCAAUUCACAAUUAUCGAAUGUGAGCAGUACUGGCGGAACUGGAAAGUUAGCUGACAGCUCGGGUGACGAUGACUCUGACGACGAGAGUGGCGCUGGCGCCGAGAUGCAUGAUGAGCCGCGCUUUUAUGGCGAUAAUACAAUCUCUGCUGACGAUUCGGCAACAUCGGUGUCAGCACUCAACUCUAGUCACACGCCCAACUGAUGAGUGCUGUCGGCUCGGCCGGCGUUACGUGGGGGAUGCGGCGAUGGCGACGGCGAUGGCAAUGGGGAACAGGAACAGCAAAAUAGGGAGUGGUGGAGUGUUUGGCAACGAAAAGGAUUGGCAAAACUUUUUAACAUAUUUCGAAAUG